AACAGUGUUAGUCUCACUGUCGUUCGUAAAGCCUUUAUAGGUGACGAUGGAGGUCCAAAUUUAUAUUUUGUGUGCGUUUGCUUUUCAGAUGAUACAAAAUGUUGCAGCCAUUCCUGCCAGAGAUCAUCCGUACAAACCUGAGCACUGCAUCAAAAUGGACCAGCAAAAAGAAAAAGAAAUAAACAAUAUAGUGACCCGAAUUACAGAUUUUCUCAACAACAUAUCAACUGAAUUCGAUAAUUACGAUAUAAGAUUCAUCAAAAUCGACAUAGAAAGUCACUCUGAAGAUGAAACGGAAGAGAAAGAGCUGAAACUACAAUUAACUGUUAACGAUUGUCUUGAAGAUGAUGUAGGUGGUGAUUCUAAAGAAAAAUAUGAUGAUACUACAGUAAUAGAAGUUACUAGCGAAGAUCCUGAUGUUUCUAAAACAAUAAUUGUAGAGAAUAUGUCCGAAGAGGUUGCAGAAAAAUGUCCUUGUUCUUGCAAUGUAGAAAAAAAACAUGAUGAUAUAAAUACAAACGCAGGUAAAGAUAAAUUGACGAAUAGAGAUAAUGAAUCACCUCCUGUGGAAACUAUAUGGUUUUUCGAUAUGACCAAAGAUAAUGACGAAAAUAUUUUGAUUAAUAAUAAUGUAUUGGCUCAUAAUGAAAUAACUGAUCGUAAUACGAAUAAAAUACAAAGUAAAUAUCCUGAAUUAAUGCCGUUGGAGCUGACAGGAGUGGGUGAAGAUGUUUGGGACAUUUUGGAAAAACGUUUCAACAAUAAACCUCUACUUGUUUAUGUUCAAAGUAAAAUUGAUCAAGACGAAUACAUAUUUUUGUAAAGUAAUAUUUAAGUUAGAUGUGCAAACCUGUUACUCUUAAUUCUGCUUGGUAAUUUACAUCCAAAACUACUUGGUACAAUAAAUAAAUAUAUAAAAUAA